UCUCCAUUCAUCCUCCAGGUGUCCUACAUGGAGAUUUACUGCGAGCGCGUUCGAGACCUCUUGAAUCCGAAGUCUUCUCUGACUCUUCGGGUCCGAGAGCAUCCGAUCCUCGGCCCGUACGUCGAGGAUCUCUCAAAGCUCGCCGUCACCGGGUUCCCCGACAUCCGAGACCUGAUGGACGCCGGCAACAAGGCGCGGACGGUGGCGGCGACCAACAUGAACGAGACGUCGUCUCGAUCUCACGCCGUCUUCACCAUCGUCUUCACUCAGAGACGAAGAGACCAGAUGACCGGCCUCGACACCGAGAAGGUGAGUAAGAUCAGCCUGGUGGAUCUGGCAGGAAGUGAACGCGCCGACUCUUCGGGGGCGAAGGGCACCCGGCUAAAGGAAGGAGCCAACAUCAAUAAGUCCCUCACCACGCUGGGGAAGGUCAUCUCUGCUCUCGCUGAGAUGCAGAGCAACAAGAAGAGGAGGAGCGACUUCAUCCCGUACAGAGACUCGGUGCUCACCUGGCUGCUGAAGGAGAACCUGGGUCAGUCUCAACAUGCACUCAUUGCGUAA